AGGAAGUGAAAGAAGAAGAGCAGACCGAAGCUAGCAGCAGCAGCAGCAGCGGUGCAUAGCAGACAAAACCCUCAAGCAAAGUGCUGGAUUUAAACAAUACCUGCAAAUAAAUUGGCUUUUCAGUUAACAAUACAAUUUUCCCGUUGGUAUCCGCGUAAAAAGGCAACGUAUUUUGGGGAACUGUUCGCCACGAGUCUGUGCCAAGUUGAACCUUUGAGCGGAGCUCGGAGCUAGCAGCUACCGUGACUGGUGAAGCGCUGACGGAGCGAGUCCUGCACAACAACACCCUCACCCGCACCCCGGUGGACAACACCCCUGCUCGCUAAGGUUACACUCCAGGCUGUGGAAAAAUGACUUCCAGGAAGAAAGUGCUCUUGAAAGUCAUCAUCCUGGGCGAUUCUGGUGUUGGAAAAACCUCCCUAAUGAACCAGUAUGUGAACAAAAAGUUCAGUAACCAGUACAAAGCUACAAUAGGAGCAGACUUCUUGACCAAGGAGGUGAUGGUGGAUGACCGGCUUGUUACAAUGCAGAUCUGGGACACAGCUGGCCAGGAGAGGUUCCAGUCUCUGGGAGUUGCGUUCUAUCGUGGGGCUGAUUGCUGCGUGCUGGUGUUUGAUGUGACUGCACCCAAUACCUUCAAGACACUCGACAGCUGGAGGGAUGAAUUUCUAAUCCAGGCCAGCCCCCGAGACCCUGAGAACUUCCCCUUCGUGGUGCUAGGCAACAAGAUUGACUUGGAGAAUAGACAGGUGACCACCAAAAGGGCUCAGGCUUGGUGUCAGAGUAAGAACAACAUCCCCUACUUUGAGACCAGUGCCAAAGAAGCCAUAAAUGUAGAACAGGCAUUCCAGACAAUUGCACGUAACGCCCUUAAACAGGAGACAGAAGUCGAGUUGUAUAAUGAAUUUCCAGAGCCCAUAAAGCUGGAUAGGAAUGACAGAGCUAAACCCUCUCAAGAGAGCUGCAGCUGCUGAGGAACAACUUGGACCAUCUUUUGGCUUUCUUAAACAUCAUACCAUCACUCUAUUAAAUCACUGUCACUUCGCUCCCAGGGAAAGGACUUCCCUACUGGUCUUCCUGCUUCACACCACUGUUCAUUUAUUCAAUUCGACUCACGCAGUAAGCUGCACUUGGAUGUAUCCCCUUUCACUUACAUACAAAUUAAAACAUUAGCCUAUUCUCCCAUUAUACAUUGUCAAAUCCAGUGCCCAAAGAUCGCACAAGAAAAAUGACACCCCUUUUUAAUCUCACAAAUCCUGACUCUGUGUCUUGCCCCAAAUUUGUUAGGCGAAAUAGUCCAUUUAGAAGCGUGCUUUUGGGAACACCAGGGUGAGUGAGUGAUGCUCUGUAUUGUAAGAUGAUGUUGGCUAAUGUCAGCAUUCCAACUAUCCUCUUCUCUGUUUUCUGGCUUUCUGUUGCCUAUCUAUCUAGGCGGAAAAUUAAUCAUUCACACACAAACACCAUAUAUAUCUAUAUGUGUAUGUGUGUGUGUCUGUGUGUGUGUUUCAAAUUUAUUUUUUGCACUUUAUGUUUUUGCCUUUAAACGUUUUAGAGGAAUGACUGAUUUUGGGCAACGUCGUCUAUCUAAUGCCUUUUGGUAAGCUUCAAAUUUGUACUUCCUCACUUUACUUUCCCCUCAAAUAUAUCCUGAGAAUCUUUAAAACACUCUGGUGAUGGUAUGGCCUCUUUAUCUCCAGGAUAAGGGUUACCAACUGCCUCCCUGCAGAAAAUGUCACUCUGUGUAGGCAGUCCGUGUAAAAUGUUUAUUCCUUGCUAUAUUAAUUUUGCCUUUUAUGUAACAUUACUUGUACUGCUACUAUUACUGCUGUAAGUGUUGUGUCCCUCAUCAGACAUCUCUCAGUGCUAAAAAAAAUUAAAAAAAAUAAAUGAGAAAAAAAAACACACUAUGUAUCACCAAUGCUGCAUACCACCUAUCCUGUCAUGUCUUUGUUAUUGCUCUUCUAUCUGCUUGUAGCUCAGGUUGGCUAAGUACUAAAUAUUUUUAAUGGAUUGUGUAUUACUGUGUAUAGAUGGUAAAGGAUUGAACUGAAAUCUAUCUUGUCUCUUUCCAUUUAAAGAAAAUAUACAACUAUUUGCCCUGGUAUUGUUCCUUCUCCUUACAGAAAACAUGACUGCAAUACCAAUGAUGUUGUCAAAGAAAAUUUGAGCGUCAAACAAUAAAACUCUUGAAUAAAUCA